CUUCAGUCUUUCCCUCCGAAUAACAGAAGUAAGAGAUGUGUUUCUAGCCGAUCUCACCUAUUGAAGCCAAAAUCAGAUUCUUUGCUGAAUAUUAGUUUUGUGUGGAAGUAGAAGUACAGGCUACAGCUACAGAGAGAAAGACACAUGGAGCUUCAGCAUUUCCUCCACGAGCAUCCGUUGUACUUGAAUCAUUACGUGGCGUAUGCUAGUAUUAGAGGUAAAAUAUUUCGUUGUCAGGGGUGCGGCGAAGAUAUAUUGGAUUUAGGUUACAGUUGCAAAAUGUGCGAGUUCUUCCUCCACAAAUCAUGUGGCGAACAACCCCGAGAGUUGCAGCAACACCCAUUGCACCCGCAACAUCCUCUUAUUCUCACCCCAACAAUCCCACAUCCUCUUAAGCGAUGUUAUUUCUGCAAUAAAUAUAUAGUCGUGGGCUAUUCUUACAAUUGUUCUCACCGUAAUUUUAACCUUCAUCUUAAAUGCGCUUCUAUACCCUUUACCCUAAAACCUGAAUUUCACGACCACGCAUUGAAGCUCCUGCGGAAAUCACUCUCCUUCACUUGCGAUGCAUGUGGUAUAAAAGAUGAACACAUGUACUCUUACGCAUGUACCAGUCUCACAUGCUCACUCAUGGUCCACCGAAAAUGUGCUGCCUUACCAUUGACUCUCAAACAUACAAGUCACCACCAUGCUCUCAAACUCACUAACUCCUCUGAGUUACAGGUAGAUCAAUCCCACCGUCGCUUUUGUCAUCUCUGUGUUAGAAAGGUGCACACUAACAAAGUUUAUCAUUGCUCAAAAUGCAAUUUCGUUGCCCACCUUGAUUGUGCUACCCGCGAGGGAGACACGGAUGAAACAUUUAUGUUGGAAUUUAAAGAUAAGCAGCCUCUCGAGUCGACAGGUACGCUUAAAAACGAAGAUUUGGAACUAGAUGAAUCCAUUGACUCAUUACCUUAUGUUGUGAAGAAGAUGAAGAUAGGAGAGGAUAGAAUUGAAAUAGCCGAAGAAAUCAAACAUGUAAGUCACGAACAUGACUUAAAGCUUACAGAGGAGCUUUUGAACAGCAAAAAAUGUAAUGGGUGUAUGCAUCCUAUAUUCCCUCAUCCGUUUUACAGUUGUGCUCAAUGCAGAUUUUUUCUUCAUAAAUCCUGUGUUGAAUUACCCAGAAAAAAGCGACACCCACUUCACCCCCACCUCCUCACCCUCUUCACAGAGCCGCCUUAUAAUUCUGGCGUCUUCUAUUGUAAUCUUUGCGGUCGUGAUUGUGAUCGCUUCACCUACAAUUGUGAGAAAUGCGAGUUUGAUGCAGAUGUCCAAUGUAGUUUGAUCUCAGACAUCUUUACCCAUGAUGUUCACGAGCACCCGCUUAUUCUGUCAAAGGCACCCUAUAAUGAGAAGUGUAGUUGUUGUGAUUAUAAAGGAAAAGUAUUCAAGUGUAUUGAUUGUGAAUUCACUUUGGAUUUAAGAUGCGCUACACUGCCACGUAGGGUGAGAUAUCGAUACUUUGAACAACCCUUCAAAUUGUGUUAUAACGCUGAAGAUGAUUCUGAUGAUAAUGAUUAUUAUUGUGAUAUUUGCGAAGAAAAACGAAAUCCAAAGUAUGGGUUUUACUACUGUGAAGAUCUCAAUUUUUAUGCUCAUCCGAAAUGCAUUCUUGGAAAAUCUCCAUAUAUGAAACGAUGGGCAUCUACCACCUCCUUGUAA